UGUAGUUUUUUUUUUUGCAUAAAAGUGACUUUUACAUUCUUCUGUUCGAAUCUCUUUACACGCACUGAACACUAGUCUUAUUUAUAUGUCUAUUCAUAAUUACUCUGUGAAUUAUUCUUUCUUCUUCAAGUGAGGAAGGCAACGACCGCAGAUGUACAGUUUGAAAUGGAAAAGUUUUCCUCUAUGCUGAAGUUUGCUGUCUCAUAUUCAAGACUUAGAAGUUUAAAGACACUUCAGAAAAGGUGCAUAUCAUCCAGCUAUAAGUUACAGUAUAAAUGGGAGCCUGAUGAUCUGAAACUGGAGCCUGACGUUCCAGAGUAUGAGACCCUGAAUAUCAAAAUUCAAGGUUAUGACUUCCCAGUACUAGAGUCUUUCUCUAAAUAUGUCUAUAGAGUAGCAUCUAACAUGGAUAUUGAUUGUUCAAGAUAUCCAGUACCUGCCAAAAAGUUGGAUAUAAAUUCAUUACAGUUCCAAUCGAAGGUUGUAACAGACUCCUUCAAACUUAAUUAUUAUGAAAGAGUCGUGCAGUUGCAAAAUCUUCCAUCAACCAAGCUUCAAAUUCUGCUGGAAAUGAUUUGCGGGAAUACACCAGAGGGAGUUAAUGUUACACUGAAGGAGAAUACACUAGAAGAUGAAGAGAUGUUAUAUAUACCAGAUCAUCAGAAACGUAAAAUAGAACAAAUGAUUGAAGAUCUAGAGCUAAGGAGAGCCAAAUAAAGAAAAUCAUUUAAUUGUUGAGUAGAAAUUUAGUGAAUAAAAUGAUGAUCUCAAA